GACAUGUUGUGGAAAGAAGUGGUGCAGUGAUGUGAAGUGCAAGUCCAAGUGUCACUUUCAAAGAUCAGGCCUUUUCUCUGGGACUUCUUGCAAAUUAUGCUCACACAUCACCCUAGAUCAUGGAUGGAUGCAGGCAAGCAACUUUGAAUGUCCGAAUGCACCAACAUUUACAUCUCAGCGAACUUCGUCAAUAUCAAAAUAGACAUACAUCGCGCUUUAGAGCGGCCGCAAAUUGCACACGGCCCCAUGGCAACGACAUGCCGCAUUGGAGCGCACGACCUGGCCGUGGGACCAGGCAAGGAGGUGCAACUCAUGAGGCCCGCCACUGAGCUGCUUGGACAAAAAGGUUUGCAGCAGCGGCUGAAGGACGAUGGAUAUCUCUACCUGCAGCAGGUGCUGCCCAGAGAUUUGGUGGCUGCGGCGCGGAAAGCCGUGCUUGCUGCCUUGGAGUCGUCUGGAAUGGUCUUGAAAGGUGAAAAUGGGAAAUUGAAUCCUGAGGCCAACUGCGCCACUGAUCAGGGCGCUGUCCCUGCAUCUUUAGCCCGCAGUCCUGAAAUGCUUGCGCUGGUGGAAAGUCAUGAGCUGAAGCAAUUGAUGCAAGAGAUCUUGGGCUCUGAAUCUGUUCAGACUCUGGACCACAAGUGGCUGCGAGCUGUUGGACACGGCGAAAAUAGUGGUUUUCACACUGAUUCAGUGUACUUGAACAAAGGCAGCCGGGAAGGCUUGACCUGCUGGAUUCCUUUGGGAGACGUCGAUCUCCGCUUGGGUGGGCUUUGCGUCGUGGGUCGUUCUCACUGCGAUCCAAGUUUCGACAAGGUAAGACAGACUUACUCAGCGAUUGAUGUGGAAACUGCUGGGAUUCGAGGCACUGGUUGGUUUACUGAAGAUCCUCACGAGAUUUUGUCUUAUGGUUGUCCUUUGCUCACGGCCCCAUUCGCUAUGACAGAUAUGGUGGUGUUUCGUUUGGACACCAUGCAUGGAUCCUUAUCCAACGGGAGCCAGCCAGGUGAGGUACGAAUCUCUUGUGAUACUCGCUGGUAUGACGCCAAUGAUCCACAUGGAGUGGAUGCUAGGUACAUGGGCGAAAAUCCCAUGGGGACUGCCACUUGGUGGGUCAAUCGGCACAAUAAGGAGGUGUUUCCUACCUCUAUGGAGGAAGCCAAAAUAGCCUGGGGAUUGACUUCAUGACUUGUUGGUUACCCGAGAUGGUUUCCAGUAUGUAAAUAUGUUGAUAUUGACGCAGAGAAGCGGCAAAACAUGCCUUCUUCUAUGAUUCCAUACGCUUGUCCAAGGGUGGUUGGCCCGCAGGCGAGAAUGCGUCUGGCAGUUACUUUGAACUGAGGAAAAAGA